CGAUCCACCGACCUCUCCAGACCCCCAACCCUAUGGGCCAACUUGCCCCCCCCCACCUCCCAGGACCUCUAGAACAUUCUCCUUCCGAAUGACUCAUCAGGCCUCCAUCUGAAGAGUGAGAAGAUCUUGAGAGCAUGUUCAUUUUCAUCAAACAUGGAGAUAAUCAGCAGUUUCUGGUCAAUACCAAUUGCUCUGUCCUUCUGUUGCUGCAUUAUACCCGCAAUAAAGUAGGGUUGCCUAAAACAGACACCAUCGAUUUGUGUGAUGAAACGGGGACAAUGAAGUUGCUUUUCCUGACGAGGACCCCUGGAGACUAUGCCAGCAAAUUCCUUACUGCUCGAAACACCUACUAUAUUUGUAAGGUGGAGCAUGGAGCACCAGGAACCCGACUGGAGAAUGCCUACAGAGCUUUUGUGCCUCUCCUGAAGAAUCCAGAACCUGAGCUAAUUGACACCUUGCGCAUACAAUGUGACCUCCUGGAGAGGAACCGAAUUAAAUCGCUUAGAAGCCAAGAAGCCAAGAAAGUCAGUCCAACUGACUCCUCCGUGAACCUCCCAUCCAAAUCAACAGGAAGAUUGGAUGAAGAGGGGUCCCCUCGCAGGGGUCCGAUCUUUAGGACCAGAGCGGACUUUUUCAGUAGAAGGGAUAAACAUCGCUAACUAAAUAAAGUGCCCAAGUGAGAGCAGUAAUACGAGGUAUGAAAUCACUGGAAUUCAACAUGAGGUCCCUUCUUCAAGAAAGACUCCU